AUGUACGUAGACAUAUUUGAAGUUGUUAGUUCAUUCAUUUUAGUUCGAAGUACCAUCGUAUCUGAAUCAGUGCGAUGCCUGUCCAGCGUGCAGGUGGUGGGCACGCCGUACGCGCACAACCAGAAGUGCAUCCUCGUCGACACGCCGGCGUCCGAGGCCACCCGCCGUAUCACGGCCUUCCUGGGCGGCCUGGACCUCGCCGACGGCCGCUACGACACCCCAGCCCACCGGCUCUUCGGGGAUCUCGACACCGUCUUCCCGGGCGACAUCCACAACCCCACGCUCGGCGACGCCGCCGUGCACCACGGGCCCCGUCUGCCGUGGCACGACAUGCACUGCCGACUCGACGGCGCCGCCGCGUACGACGUCCUCAAGAACUUCGAGCAGCGGUGGCGGCGGGCGACGGCCAAGCACUUGAAGGCUUCCAAGCACGGGAAGGACGAUGCUCUGCUCAAGCUCCAGCGCAUCCCCUGGAUCCUCAGCCAGGACGUCGCCCAUGGCGAAGGCCACGCCCUCCGCGUCUUGCCGGAAGGUGACCCCCGGUGCUGGCACGCGCAGGUGUUCCGGUCGGUGGACGCCGGGUCGGUGAAGGGGUUCCCCCGCUCCUGGGAGACGGAGGAGAUGGAGGCGCGGCACCUGCUCUGCGACAAGAGCCUGGCGGUGGAGCAGAGCAUCCACGCGGCGUACGUGGCGGCGGUCCGCGCCGCCGACCGGUUCGUGUACCUCGAGACCGAGCGCUUCGUGGGCUCGUCGUACGCGUGGCCGAGGUCAUUCCGGCACCCGGGCGCCGGCAACCUGGUGCCGAUGGAGAUCGCGCUGAAGGCGGCGAGCAAGAUCAGGGCCGGCGAGGACUUCGCGGCGUACGUGGUGCUGCCGAUGUGGCCGGCGGCGGAGGGGCCGCCCGGGUCGGCGCCGGCGCAGGAGGCCCUCUUCUGGCAGGGGAAGACGAUGCAGGCGAUGUACGAGGUCGUCGCGAAGGCGAUCGCGGAGGCCGGCGGCAGAGCGCACCCGCAGGACUACCUCAACUUCUACUGCCUCGGCAACCGCGAGCUGGCACCGCCGGCGCCCCGGGGUCUGGACGGACGGGCGGCGGAGACGGGGACGAGCCCGGCGGCGCUGGCGCGGAGGCACGGGCGGUUCAUGGUGUACGUGCACUCCAAGGGGAUGGUCGUGGACGACGAGUACGUGCUCCUCGGCUCCGCCAACGUCAACCAGCGGUCCCUCUCCGGCUCACGCGACACCGAGAUCGCCGUCGGCGCGCACCAGCCGCACCAGACCGGCCGGCGGCCGCGCGGGCAGGUGCACCAGUACAGGAUGUCGCUGUGGGAGGAGCACCUGGGCCGGCUGGAUGAGGUGCUCAAGGCGCCGGAGUCGCCGGAGUGCGUAAGGCGGGUGAACCAGGUGGCGCGGGAGAACUGGGAGAGGUACACGGACGAGGGGGAGGUGGUAGAGGAGAUGCAGGGGCACCUGAUGAGGUAUCCGGUGGAGGUCGACGACGACGGCAGCGUGUGGCCGCUGACGGGGCACGAGUUCUUCCCCGACGUCGGCGGCAGGGUCCUCGGCUCCACCAACAAGUUCCCCGAUCAUCUCACCAUGUAGCCUACCAACUGAUGCCUUUUAGCUUGCUUACAAACAAAUUAAGGGAAAUAGAAUUCCUAGCAACCUGCUGCACACUUACAAAGCUCUUGAGUUCUCAA